CCCGGAAGUUUAAAUGCCACGAAGGAGUGUUUCCGGAAGACGUGGCUGUUGAUUCAGUGGAACCUGUCAUCUGCAGAACUGUCAUCUAAAACCUACAUUGAGACCAUUAGAAGAUUUAUUUAAACUUUUCCUACUUGUUUUUCUUUUCCCUUCUGUCGUUAAGAUGAUUUCGCUAACGGACUCCCAAAAGAUUGGGAUGGGAUUAACAGGCUUCGGUGUGUUUUUCCUGUUCUUUGGGAUGAUCCUUUUCUUUGACAAGGCACUGCUGGCUAUCGGGAAUAUCCUGUUUGUCGCUGGACUCGCUUUCGUCAUCGGGUUGGAGAGGACUUUCCGAUUCUUCUUUCAGAAGCACAAGAUGAAAGCCACCAGUUUCUUCCUGGGAGGGAUUUUUGUGGUGCUCAUUGGUUGGCCUAUCAUCGGAGUCUUGCUGGAGAUAUAUGGGUUUUUUCUUUUAUUCAGGGGUUUCUUUCCUGUUGUUGUGGGCUUUAUCAGAAGAAUACCUGUUCUUGGCUCCAUCCUAAACCUGCCCUUCAUCAGUGCAUCUCCGUAAGGCUCUGAGGACAUUCAGCAGUAGUGUAUGUGGACAAAGUGGGUGAGAGCAACUCGAUGGUAUAACAGAGACUUUUGUCCAGGAGAGACUGAUUGAGUUCACCUGGCCUCCGCGGCUCUGAGUUAAGACACAGGUCUCUCUCUCCAGCAGGCAGACAGUUUCUGUCUCUAGCCUCAUCGCACCACCACCUGGAGCUUUCUCAGUGUCUUUCCCCCCCCCCAUUCCCUAAAGGUUGGACUCACUGAGGUCACUACGGUAAAUAUUCAGAUGCUUUGAUCCUAUCCUUCAGCGUUUCUGCAUGACAGAGACUCCAGGCUUCGGCCGUGCUGACAUCGAUGACCUUACGUGUGUGGAACAGACAGAAGUGCCCUCCUCCCACACACAGACCUCCAUCCUGAAGUUGCCAUGAACUUUUUAUGCCAGUGCUUUAACUUUAUCUGCAUUUUGUCUUAUUGCAAUUAUUUUAUGACACUUUUGUUGUUUGUCUUUAUUCUACCAGAUAUCUGCCCUGUUGAUUGGCUAAGAUAGCUUCAGUAUAAAUUAUUUUUAAAUGAUUAAUGCUUCAAGUUAUUUCAUGUCACUAUUUGUUGUGUUUGUCACCAAACUAGUAAAGGUGUGUUAUGGGGAAGUGAAUCAGGUGUAGAAAGAUGUGUAAAGCUUACAUGAAGUUAGCCGACAAACUGAAAUUAAAGCCUCCUGGAACAGUUAGCCAGCAGGGACCCAGCCAGUUAGUUAGUUGCUGUCAGGGUCUCUGGGCUACAGCGGGUGUGGACAACACGUUAAGUGUCCACGAGGAGAUCACAAAACUUAUCCGUUUCCUCUGGUGAGUUUUUAACAUGCUCCAAAACAAAUUUUUUUGUCACCGCUCUGAGUCUGAUGGUAGAGAAGUAUGGCCCAACCAGACAUAAAACUUGUUGCAAAUGCAUUGCAGAAACCAGUUCAAUGGGUUGACACUGGAAAAACUUGUGAUUUCUCUCAAUUUUAUGCCUUCUGAGUUUGUAUUACACUGGGAUGUGGCCAUGUGGAGAAAAUCUGCUUUCAGAUGGAAUCGCCCUGAAUUAGCAAACGCUGACAUUAGUCCAGCUUUUGUCGUCACUGAUGGAAACCAGACUGAGACAGACUCCAGACCUGUUCUAGGUGCUCAUGACUGAUUAUGUUGAGCAAAUUCGUCUCAUUGUUUAAAUGUCAGUCGACCCGGAAUAAAACUGAAUGCCCGUGAACAUGUCGAAACCUCUUUUCUGAAUGUGGUUUGUCUUCACCAGUCAGCCCAGUCUGAUACUGGUUUUAAUGCUUUUUUAAGUUACACCUACUACUCGCCUGUCUCAUAAGUUUUUCUUUUUGUAAAAAGGUUUGCACUUUGUCUAAACAUUCAGUUAUUUGUGUUUCUAGUCAAGCAGACUCCAGCUGUCAGAAUUUAUAAGGGAUCAAAUGAAGGAUCACUAACAUAUUGAGGACUGUGGUUUAAAUAUGGUGAUAACAGCACAGAGAACCCUUAGGAUAUGCGUUUUACUUUGUGAAAUAGAUUAAAUAUGAAAUUAUUGGGAAUUUAAGAAGUGAAAGUACUUUAACUGAAUUUCCAGACGAGAACCAGAAUGUGUUCCUGAUUGUUCUUUUAUCUGACUCUCUGAGACCUGAACGUCCUCUUCAUCAGUCUGGUUCCUCUUCCUCAUCCAGCUGCUCUGCAGGAUGGAGCCUGGGAGUUCAGGUUCCACCAGAACUGUUCUAUUGGACUGUCUAGACUGUUUUCUGGUACUGAACUCUUCUGUAGACUGAUGAAUCUUCAUCCUGACUUCAUCAUCAUCAAACCUGCUUUCAGCUGAUGGUUUGAGGGCCAGAACCAAACUAAGUGCAGAUCAGACUAGACUGGUUCUCCUCGGUCCACUAGAACCUGGUUUUCUCUUCCAUAGAUUGCCUUUUUUUUUUGUUUUUUUUUUUUUUGUUUGUUUUUUUUGUUUUUUUUGUACAGAACCUUCUGGUUCCAGCUGGUCCAACAUCAUCCUUGCUGGUUUUGUAUCUUAGGAACUGGACUGGCUUUAAGAUUCAGUUGAUGCGUUCUGAGUUUUUGUUUCCUGUCAGGCGCAGCUUUAGACUUGAUGAUGGUUUCAGUUCCUCUCUGAUUUAAAUGCAUUUUAUUUCUAACCUUUUGCUUGGUUAGAACCAGAAGCUGAGGUUUGUGUCUGUUAUUAAAGCAUCCUCGUUCUCA